UCCUGCCUUUGUGGUUGAUUUGGUACCGUAUUUGUUUUCAUUGCUGCCCAACUCGGCCAAUAAAACUGACUAUAUCGUGGACCGAGAGCAGCGAGUCUUCCUCCCAGCUGGCACAAUGUCCGUACAGUACACAAUUGAUAUCCAACUGACAGAGUUGGGCUUUCCCGACAUCCUCCAACCUCAGGAAAGUCUCUCCACGUCAUGGGACGACUCACUGUCAUCUUGCCCCUCUCCCGCUUUGCCGACCUCUGACCUCCCCAGAGAAAGUCAGCUAGUCAAAGGGCAGCUCAAAGGCCCACAGGCCUGCGCCUCACCGGUGCUCCAGGCAGUUGGGUCACCUGCGCUCCAGGCCGUUGCGUCUCCUGCGCUCCAGGCCGUUGCGUCACCUGCGCUCCAGGCAGUUGCGUCUCCUGCGCUCCAGGCCGUUGCGUCUCCUGUGCUCCGGUCGCCACCAUGUCAACAGCUACAACCAUCAUAUAGUGGACAGGAGACCAGUCGCUUGGCGACCCCCUCGCAAGGCGAUGGGACCAAACCGCCAGUGCCCCAAGAGCCACUGGAGGACAGCGACUCCGAUGACAGCGAUGUUUCUGUGGUCUGCCAGGAAGAUGAGGAGGAGGACGAUGAUGAUGAAGACGGGCUCGACAAUGACUUGACAAAUUCAGGCGACUAUGUCUGCAGUGUGUGCGGGCUGCGGCUGCCCUCCAACUUCAAACUGCUGGACCACAUGAACCUGCACACGGGAGCGCGCCCGUACUGCUGCGCCGAAUGCGGCAAGCGCUUCUCGCAGAUCCACAACUACCGCGUCCACCUGCGCAAGCACGGCCAAAACAAAGCGGAUCGUCCGCACUGUCGCAUCUGUCUCAUGUCGUUUGCCUCGCCCAAAUCUCUGGAGCACCACCUGUCCAAUACCCACUUUGAGAAGCAGUUCUACGAGUGCGACCUGUGCAAGCGUGUGUUCACCAACUUGAAGGCCUGCGAGCAUCAUGUGGAGUUGCACAAAGCCAUGCCGGAGAUUGUGUGCAAAAAAUGCGGCCGCCAUUUCUCCCAAGCAAAAUCCCUGAAGCGCCACCAGAAGAAGGCGUGCCACCGCAUCUUUAAAUGCACCGACUGCUCCGAGACCUUCAGCAACAAGAACUUGCUCCUCAAACACAGCUUCUCCCACCUCGGCCUGUUGCCUUACACGUGCAUAAGGUGCCGGUGUCACUUCCGCCUAGCCAAGCUCUACCGCCAGCACAAGUGUGAACCAGGGCGCAUCCACUGUGUGGCGUGUCUGAGAGAGUUUUCCUGUCAGGUGGACUUCAUCCAACAUAAGAAGGACACUGGGUGUUGGGGGAGCUGUGACGUCAAAGGGGACGAGAUCCGAUGUCUGGAGUGUGGCCUCAGCUUUAGCACCAAUGAGGAGCUGAAGAAACAUGGCGGGGCUCACCAAAGGGUCCUCAAAUGCGCCGAGUGUGGGAAGGGAUUCCGUUCGGCCUUGUUGCUCAUGUCUCACAUGGGCGGGCAUGCUGGCAACUCUCCCUGCCUCUGUCAGAGCUGUGGAUUGGGCUUUCCCCAUCAGCAGAACUAUGACAGCCACUUGAAGACGUGUGGACAAAAACCCCAGCCCGCCAAACCUGCGACUGCUACAAAGAAACACCCGUCAUUGAAGAAAAGAAAUCUUGAGACCGUUCCCACUACAAAUGACACACGGAAUCCAGCACCAGCACUCCCUGAGCCUAUCCAUGUGCAAAACAACACUGCUGCACCUAUCACCGACCCCGCUGUUCUACAAGUCGGGACAGGGGACAUCCCCUCCUCGGAUGGCUGUUGGAAGCUCACCCUUGACAAAAUCCCGCCACCCGGAGCUAAUCUCGUCCUGUUUGUUGCAGAGGGCUUGACAUUCCAGCCCACGAUCUCACAGGCAGUCCCAGAAGUAAAAAAUUUAGCAGCUGAUCAACAGCUCGGCGUGUGGCGUACUAUCCAAGAUGCAGAGUGUGAACCGAUGGAUUUAUCCAAGAAAGCAUCCAAUUCGACGCAAUCCAACGUUCCUCCUCCUGUAUUUAAAAGUGAGCCAAUGGAGUGUGAGGUGUCGGGAGAGGCGGAGAGACAAGAAUUGAGCGACUGUGUUAUGGAUCUCACGACAACAAACUCCGUAGUAAAAACUGAGCCUCAAUCUCCUGACUCAUCACAGAAGCCUUAGGAAGAAAUUAAAACAGAGGUUGACUUUUCGUAAUUAAGCAUGUGCUUAAACAAACCCGAAAGAGACAAUAAUACAAUGUAAUGGUUGCAGUCACCAGACUCUCUCUCCUCAGCAAUGCUAUUGUUUUGGUUAGUAAAUGUUUAUUUUCUUUUAUUAAAAACAUUCCUAUCUUUGGCAUAUUAGAAUAUUUGUAUUUUUUAAAAAUCGCGGGGAGUGUUUUUUUUUAUUAUUAUUUUUUUUUUAAACCUUUUUCAAAGUGUUAGGCAAAUUUAAAUGCAUAAACACUGAGUUCUUAUUCUGCAAUACUUGAAAUGAUGGUUGUGUGCAGCAACGUCAUGUUUGUUUCCUUUUGCUUUAAAAUGACUAAAUGUUGAAAAGAAGAAAAAAGACGCAUGUAUAUUGUAUGUUUCACAUGGGCUGCAAAUGCAAUACAGUUUUAUGAUGGCAGUAAAUCCUCCUCUGUGUGAAUGAUUAGAAAGUUGUCAUACAAGUAAGUGCAGUUAGAUUUUCUUAGCAUAUGAUGUGGUAUGCUUUGGAUCACGGGCUUCUCCUUUUCAGUAGAGAAUUCACAGCAUUGAGUAUGCAAUUAGAAAUAAUUGGUUAGUUUUAAUUGAUCUAGUGUGGAAGUAAAGGUUAGGUGUUUUUUUAGCUAUUAGAUUGAAUUAGACAGUGCCGUGAAUGAUGUAAGUAAGGUGAAUAUAAAAUAACCAGAGUCUUCCUAAAGAGGUUACGGAGCACAGGCAUACAGUAUAGCUUACAGGUACGUAUUUUAUUGAUGAUCACAAAAAAAAAAAAACAUCUGUCCAUCUGAUGUAGUCUCUACUCAGGAAUAGUGCUUGGGACUUGCAUUUUAUUGCAUGUGGUAUUUUAAAGUAACAUUUGUUUGAGGUUGAAUCUCGUUCAAUGCAUACUGACUUCUUAACACAAAUAAAGA